CUGCUCCAACAGCUUAGCACAUGGAAAUGUACAAUGUAAACAAAUCCUCCAGGCAGACAUAGGACACACAGUGCUUGUUGAUUCCCUCUCUGCCUGUGAGGCAACACUGGCAAGUUUCCAAAACAGAGCAAACAUGUGAACAAGACAUGCACCUUUAUACAGACACACCUGAUGAUCAACCAUACCAUGCUGACCAGCUUUAGUAAUGACAACUUUGCAGUGCUAUUCCAGGUCGCCGACCUAUUUCCCCACUAUGCCUUUGUGGGACUCCCCUUUGUGUUGGUGUGACAGUGUGCUCACAUUAUAGUUUCACUUGAGCUGAUGCUGAUCUGAAAAAAGUUGCAUUUGCCCUGUUUGCAUGAUUAGUCAUUUAAGUGUGUUGUUUACUAAAAGAAGCCUUAAUUUUACAAGCUAAAACAAAGCCAUAACUGCGCUGGGGAAAUGGGUCUAAUCCCCCCCUUGUCCAAAAAUGACAACUUGCCUUUUUUAAAGCAUUUUCGUCAAUAUAUGCCUCCAACAUAUUCCUCUGAAGCUUCCAUUACAUUUACAGCAGAGAAACACAUGAUGUAAUCGCUAGACACAGUUGUGAUGUCAGAUCACCCCACUCGGUUUCUGGCCUUCCCAUUGGACGAUUUCUCUGGUUCUACAGGAGGAGCCGCAGCUUUGAGUCAAGCAAACUUGGCUUUCUAUAGCACACACCCGAUCCGCUCUCAUUGGCUGUUGGGGGCAAGCCCACAAUAAACACGUCCAUGCUGUCUCCUUUAAAAUACAGUAUGGUGAAACAUGCUUGAUAUUAAUAUGGCUGUACCGGACUAGAAUAAACAGCACGCAAAUGUAAUAUAUGAUAUAAUACAUUUGUUUUUAGUAGAUAACUGAUCAUUUUCAAAUUGAUCCAUAUAAGCAUUAUGGAGCAAUUAUAUCGGUUUGUUUAGUACAUAAAUGAUCAUGUUCUACUGUGCAUUGUUGCAUUAUUAUUAUGUCGUAUUAUAUGGCAUAUGCUUCCCAUGCUGUCACCCUUUCAGUCAAACGAUCAUAACAACCCAGCGAAAUGGGGACGUGGGAAUGCAUUCAAAGUCGGUGGUUGGCUGGUGCGCCUGCCAAUCAUCAUUGACUGGGUGGGCUCGUGGCUACCACUGUAAGCACGUUAGUGCUGAAUGAGCGCCAGUGUUUGGCUUGGUUUGACAAGUUUCACAGGACGACCAUGGGGGUAGGAGCGAGUAGUUAGUUGACACAUCAAGAGACAGUUACAGAUCACCUUACGCAUGUUUUAGGUACACUUGUGAUCUGGCGUGUUUGCAAAUGUAGGGACGUGAGAAGUUUUGGAUUUUUUGCUUCUGAGCGAUUCGGCAGCCAAUAAAGUCUACAGUGGAAAGCCAGACACUAGAGUAAAGAUGGACAGUCUGUCUUUUGACGACCAUUCGUUGGAUAACCUGGAUCCAACGCUAUCGCUUAAUGACCCCAGCGAUAUUGACACGGCCCUCUUAAGCGACAUCGAUGACAUGCUGCAGCUCAUCAACAACCAGGACAUGGAGUUUGGAGGACUCUUUGAUAACACUUUGUACACUGGGCCUCCCCUGACCCAACAGCUUCCUGGUUUGACCCAGUCCAUCACCUUACCUGCUUCUCCACCCACUACGUCCACACCUUCAUCUUCUUCUCCCUCCUCCAACCUAAGCAGCAGCCCCCACCUGGAUGCUCUCCUGGGCCCUCCCAUCACCCGUAGCUCCUCCACCCCAGACAAGACCUUCCAGCCUCCCACCUUCCAGCAAUCCCCACUGGCCCAAGUACCCAACUCCACCGCGAGGCAGCAGCCAGCCUCCCCGCAGCAGGCUCAGAGCCUCAGACAGCCACAGGUGGAACAGCCCCAACCCAUCCUCAGCCCGUCUGCUCCAGUCCAGGCAGCUUCACCUCUUGGGUCACCAGGACCAAGCCCUGUAUUCAGCUCCACACCCCAGGCUCUCUUCACUUCCACUGCACCCCAGACUUCACCUCAGCCCCAGCCACAGACUCAGGCUCAGCCUCAACAAGCCCGAACCAGUUACAGCAGCCAGAACAGCUUCACAGCUGGCAGCCCCAGCACUGUGAGUCAGCCAGCUACCAGCUUGUCACCCGCACCUCCAAGUGUGCAGCCAGUGACCAUUCAGUCGCCGCUCCAAGGACUGGCCACCACCUCUGCUCUGCUGGUCACAACCGCAAGCCCACCCACUCAAACUCUUGCACCCCAUAUACAGCAAGUACCUGUUUUGCUGCAGCCUCAGUUCAUCACUUUGAAGCAUGACCCCUGCAUGGUCACUACUGUGUCUUCUCCCACAUCUCUGACCACCACCACCCCAGUACAGAGCACUUCACUGCAGGCAUUUAUGGGCGGAGGCACCAUUCUGACCACAGUCCCUGUCAUGGUGGACGCUGAGAAGCUGCCAAUCAACCGCAUUGCCAUCAGCGGUAAGCCAGUCGGCCUGCCUCAUAAGGGGGAGAAGCGCACAGCUCACAACGCCAUCGAGAAGCGUUACCGCUCCUCCAUCAAUGACAAAAUCUUGGAGCUCAAAGACCUGGUGGCUGGGACUGAGGCCAAGCUGAACAAGUCUGCAGUGCUGAGAAAGGCCAUCGACUACAUCCGUUACCUGCACCAGGCUAACCAGAAACUUAAACAGGAGAACAUGGCUCUGAAGUUGGCAGUCCAGAAAAACAAGAGUCUCAAGGACCUGGUUGCCAUGGAGGUGGACGGACAGGCUGAUAUGAAGAGCGAGCUGCCCACCCCGCCAGCCUCUGAUGUGGGCUCCCCGACUUCUUUCUCACAGUGUUGCAGUGACUCAGAGCCUGACAGUCCACUGGCGGAAGACGCCAAGCCAAAUGUGGGAGUAUUGGACAGGUCGGCAGCAGGCGGCAGCGCUGGCGGCAUGUUGGACCGUUCCCGCAUGGUGCUCUGCGCCUUCACUUUCCUCUUCCUCUCCCUCAACCCCCUGGCCACCCUGCUUUGCUCAUCUGGCAGCAGCUCAGCUGGAAGCACUGCAGCCAGCAUGGCCCCUCACGCAGGCAGAAGUGUUCUGGGUGUGGAUAUCGCUGCUGAGUCAUGGGGCUGGAUGGACUGGAUGCUACCAACUAUACUGGUGUGGCUACUAAAUGGUGUCCUGGUGUGCAGAGUUCUGAUCCGUCUGUUGGUGUAUGGAGAACCUGUAACCAGACCACACUCUGGAUCCUCUGUUUUGUUCUGGAGGCACCGCAAGCAGGCUGACCUGGAUCUAGCUAGAGGGGAUUUUGCCCAGGCCAGUCAAAACCUGUGGACUUGUCUAAAGGCUCUUGGUCGUCCCUUACCCACCUCCCAGUUGGACCUGGCCUGUGCUGCGUUGUGGUCCCUCCUAAGAUUCUGCCUCCAGCGUUUUUGGGUGGGCCGCUGGCUGGCUGCCAGGGCUGGAGGGCUGCGCCCUGACCGCCCCCUGCAGGAGGAUGCCUGCAAAAGCAGCCGUGACGCCGCCCUAGUUUACCACCGACUGCACCAGCUUCACAUGACAGGUAAAUUGAAUGGCAGCCAUCUGUCAGCAGUGCACAUGGCUUUAAGCGCAGUUAACCUGGCAGAGUGUGCAGGCUCCUGUCUUCCUGUUGCUUCUCUUGCUGAGGUGUACGUCUCUGCAGCUUUACGGGUUAAAGCCAGCCUGCCAAGGAUCCUGCAUUUCACUUCUCGUGUGUUUCUGAGCAAUGCCCGCCAGGUGUGCUUGUCAUCCAGUGGUAGUGUGCCUCCAGCCAUGCAGUGGCUCUGUCACCCGUUAGGUCACCGCUUUUUUGUGGAUGGGGAUUGGGCUAUUCGCAGCACCCCAAAAGAAAGCAUCUACAGCCAGGCUGGAAACACUGUGGAUCCUCUUGCCCAGGUGACUCAGGCAUUCAGAGAGCACCUCUUGGAGAAGGCUCUGUACCGUGUGGCCCAGCCUCAUGGAGAGAAAAGUCCCAGCCAGGGCAAGGGGGAAUAUGCAGAUGCCCUGGAGUACCUCCAGCUUUUGAUUAGUGCAUCAGAUGCGGCUGGUGCCACAUCCCAGUCCUUUGCUAUUGGCUCCAACAUGGCUACUGUGACUGGCUGCGACCCCCACUCUAAGUGGUGGUCUUCGGUUGCUGUGGUGAUCAUCAACUGGCUGCAAGGAGAUGACACUGCAGCAGAGAGACUGUAUCCGACUGUUGAGCACCUGCCCCGCAGUCUGCAAAACGCAGAGAGUCUUCUGCCCAUGGUGUGUUUGAACACAUUCAGGGCAGUGCGGGCAUUGCUGUCCAAACCAGAGAACUGCCAGCUGAGUCUGAGCUACAGUGACAAGGCCAGCGCCCUGCUCCGAGACAGCCUCAACCUAGGACCACACUGCCACAACUCCAGUUUAGACAAGGUUGUUCAGUUGCUCUUGUGUGAUCUGCUGUUGGUGAUGAGGACCAAUGUGUGGCAUCUGCAGCAACAGGGGGCCAGUUCUGCGGGUUCAGGGCCUGUGGGUAGCAGUGGCCCCGCCGGGAUCCACCAGGCCUCCCCCUUGGAGCUCCAAGGCUUUCAGCAAGAUCUCAGCUCCCUGCGCAAGCUGGCGCACAGUUUCAGACCUGCAAUGCGAAGACUUUUCCUCCAUGAAGCUACAGCCAGGCUGAUGGCGGGAGCCAGUCCCACCCGAACACAUCAGCUCCUGGAUCGCUCGCUGCGACGCAGAGCGACACCCGGAGCCAAGACAGAGGAGUGUGAGACACGGCCUGGCCAGCGGGAGCAAGCGGAGGCCGUGAUGCUGGCGUGCCGCUACCUUCCCCCGGCCUUUCUGUCGGCCCCCGGCCAAAGGGUGGGCAUGCUAGCGGACGCUGCCCGCACCCUGGAGAAGCUGGGAGACAAGAGGACCCUCCAUGACUGCCCAUCUCUGACAUUCAGAAACACACACACAAAGGAAACACAGACACACAGCAAUACAGCCACUGGCAUUUUGUUGUGCAGCUUUUGA